AUGCCGGACGACGAUGACCCAUUAGUCAUUGCCACAAGCGGUAAUCUCAUCCUCGACAUUGCCCAGGAAGAAAAUGGCCAGCGAUACUCGUAUCGCGUAGACUCAAAGACCCUGCAGCAAAACUCGAGAUACUUUGAGAAUCUACUGAGCGAUAGGUUUCGGGAAGGGCAGCAGCUAUCAGCAGCGCUUGAAGCUCUUCGACUUAGCGGGUACUCAGACAUUGCGGAGGUAUCCUCAGAAGUACUUCCGCACAUUGAGAUCAUAAAUGUCGGUAGAAUAGCGAUAUCCAAGACUUCUGCAAUUCAGAACUUGCUUGCCGACUUUCUACGUGCAGUGCAUGGCGUCGACCUCGCGACUCCAAAUCCCCCAGUCGCCAAUCUCGCAAACCUCGCCGUCGUUGCAGACCGUUUCGAUGCGGUCGCGUGUCUCUCGAAAUACGCACAGAGAAGGAAAUACAUGCAACUUGCAGAUGUAAAGAUUAAGGGAAAGCCGAAUCCGACGUUGACGGAGGAACGGAUCAGACAGAAGCUUCUGGUUGGGCUGCUCUUUGAUCACCCGCCAUGGGUGACGAGGUACUCCAAGCAGCUGAUCAUGCGCGACUCCGUGCAAUGGAGACCGGGGGUGGAGGAGGAUCAUACAAAAGCACUGUGGUGGGAUCUGCCACAAGGCAUAGAGGACGAGAUGAUACAGCGACGGGAGUACAUACUGGAGACGAUCAAUUCGCUCCAGGCGCACUUCCUCAAACUAUACACAUCGGGAGAGAGACAGUGCAAGCUUGGAUACGAUACAUCACUGCAAUGUGACUCUUUUCAACUUGGGGAAAUGGUGCGCUUCUUCCACAAGAUCGAUACUGUUCGGUUGCAAGGAAAGAUCUACGACAACACAGAGCCGACGUAUUACUUGGGGGGACGUUGA